AUGGAGGAGGGUAUAACUUCAAACAUCAUUCAGAAUGUAUCUAAUACGGACUCAAAUGUUAAUAUACAUGAAGGGAUUUCAACAUCUGCUCUUGAUACUUCAGCUAUUCCACUGCCACCACCAUCGUCGCCACAACCAACUUCUAUGAUCCUUUAUACUUUAGUUCCUGUGGUGUCUCCUACGUUUCAAGCAGUUAUGAAUGAGCCUAUUGGAACCUUUUUUUUUCAUCUCAAUCAACAGAAGCAAAGAAAACUGUUAAUGAAGAAGAAGAUGAAGAUGAUGUAA